UGUGAAUAAUAAAAAGUGCUUUUUAAGAGCUGAGCAUAUACAUACACACCCCAGCUGACCAAGAUCCAAAAGCUAUGGGGUUUCAUACCACCCUGACCUUCUUCAAAUCUGACUUCAUCGACGUAUGGCUCGAGCUCUGUCUCGCACUCAUUUGCCUCCUCUUCGUAACAUGGUACCAGAAGAACAAGAACCAGAUCUUGAUGUAUUGGCCCAUCCUGGAUGUCUACCCUUCUAUCCUCGCCAACGUCCACCGUGUUCAUCACUGGAUCGUCGACAUCGCCAACAAGAUCAACUGCACAAUAGAGGCCAGAGGGCCGGUGUUCGCCCGCAUGGAUGUCAUAUUGACGUCCGACCCCCGCAACGUUGAGUACAUCCUCAAGUCCAACUUCGCCAACUUCCCCAAAGGCCCCGACUUAAAAGAGGCUCUGGACCUGCUCGGAGAUGAUAUCUUCACUCUGGACGACGACGAGUGGCGAGCUCACAAGAAGAUAGCACACAUCGUCUUGGCUUCCAAGGAGUUCCGGAGUUUCACGGCCAGCGUGAGCAGGAAGCUGGUGGGUGAUGGACUCCUGAGCUUGAUGCUUCAGGCUGCUAAACAUGGUAACGUCCUGGAUUUGGAAGAUGUGUUCAUGAGAUUUGCAUUCGACAGUGUCUAUACGGCUGUCCUCGGCAGAAACCCGAACUCGCUCUCUUUGAGCUCUGCUGCUAAUGAGAUUGCUAAAGCCAUCGACGAUGGGACGGAAGGUGUGUUCCAUAGGCACAUCAUGCCCAGGAAGCUGUGGAAGCUGUUGGGUUGGUUGGGGGUCGGGAGUGAGGGGAGACUGGCCAGAGCUCGGAAGAUCAUAGAUCGUCACUUGUUAGAGCACAUUUCGUUGAAAAGAGAAGAUCUGCGCAAAGGGGUGCAGGGAAGUGAUUUGAUAGCUAUGUACAUGAGUUCUCAAGCUCAGAAUGGAGAAAGCAAGGCUUACAGUGAUCUGUUCCUCAGAGACACUGCACUGGGCUUCCUGUUUGCUGGGCGGGACUCGACAGGCACGUCUCUCACUUGGUUCCUCUGGUUGGUUUCCACAACCCCUCGCGUGGAGGAAAAGAUCCUGGAUGAAUUGAUGCAGUUAAAGAAGAAGAAGGAAGCGGAAGGUGUCGUCAGAGAUCAAAAGCAGCCAUGGGUGUUUGAUUCGGAAGAUCUGAAGGAUCUGGUGUAUUUCCAUGCAGCCAUGUGUGAAUCCUUGAGGCUGAACCCGCCACUUCCGCUCACCAGAAGAGGGGUUAUCAAAGAAGAUGUGCUUCCUGAUGGCACCGCCGUGAAGCCAGGAAUGAAGAUCAUAAUCUCAAUGUAUGCCUUGGGGAGGCUGGAGUGGCUGUGGGGGAAGGACUACCUGGAAUUCAAGCCGGAGAGAUGGAUCGAUCAGGAUGGGAAGAUAAGCCAGGAAGCCAUGUCCAAGUUUUUUCCUUUCACCAUUGGACCCAGAGCUUGCCCAGGUAGAAACAUGGCGUUUACCCAGAUGAAGUUAGCUGCUGCAGCUGUUCUCUUCAACUUCCGGAUUGAAGUUCUUGAGGGUCAGAUUGUGUUCCCAAUGUCAUCAAUAGUUCUGCACAUGAAGAAUGGUUUGAAGGUGAAGAUAAGAGAAAGAGUGUGGUAGCUUGGCAAAGUAAGUUUGCUGUUGUUUCUGUGUAAGAAAUUGAAAUUAUAAUUGAUCAUCAUAUAGGAAAUUGAAAACCCAGAAAUAUUAGUGGUCAAAUGUGAAGAAUGGUUGUUUAUUGGAAGAAUGUUUGUUCUUAUUUGAUUACAUGUCUAUUAGGUCUGUGGAUACAGGAAGUUUGGAUAAAUUGGCAGUUGAUUAGGCUGGAGAUGGAACUCGUCCAUGAUAAUUAAGUUUGUCCAAGACAAAUAAUAGUGAGAAUAAAAUUUCCUAUUAA